AGGAAAAAAAAAAGUCUGCCCGUUCCCAUUGAAGAAAUGACCCAAUUGCUCAUUUCUAUGAAUUUGAGCUUCUCUUGAAGCCGCUCUCCACUUUUCCCAUCUAGUUUGUUUUUUGCCUCUGGAAUCGGCGGCAAAUUCGUAUGUUGCCGCUUCGCCAAGAAGAAAUCAAAGCUGAAAGAAGAAGAGUUUUUUUGAGGUUGAAAUCGCUAUCGUAGCUGCAAUUAAGGUAGUUUGACGAAUUGGGAUCAUAAUUGAGUUUUAGAUAACUCGACCAAUUUUCGUCAUUCAUAUCCAAUCAUCCCAGGUUUCUUCCUUCAAUCGAUCUCAUUUGAAGAUCCUGUUCCUGUUGAAAUUAUUGGUAUAUUCCUAUUCUCUUAAUUCUGAAUUCGUUUGAUCGGUUUUGAAAUUCGACGAUGUACUAUCCGCACCCGCCGCCGAUGUUGGUGAACUGCUCCGGAUGUCGGACUCCUCUCCAGCUACCGCCAGGAGCCCCGUCGAUUCGGUGCGCUAUAUGCAAGGCUGUGACACAGGUCAUGGACCCGCGCGCCGCCCCUUCGCCUUCGCCUUCUCAUGCACCUCCGCCGGCUCCAUCGCCAUACAAUCAUGCGCCACCAGGACCUCCAGCCCACCCGCAUGGCCGUAAAAGGGCUGUGAUCUGUGGGAUCUCUUAUAGGUACUCGAGACAUGAGCUCAAGGGCUGCCUUAACGAUGCUAAGUGUAUGCGUUAUCUUUUGGUCAAUAAAUUCCGUUUUCCUGAAGAUUCUAUCCUCAUGCUUACAGAAGAAGAAACUGAUCCAUAUAGAAUUCCCUACAAAAACAAUAUAAGAAUGGCAUUGUAUUGGCUAGUACAAGGUUGUCAACCAGGUGAUUCCUUGGUAUUCCAUUAUUCUGGCCAUGGUUCUCGCCAAAGGAACUAUAAUGGUGAUGAAGUAGAUGGAUAUGAUGAAACUCUUUGCCCUCUGGACUUCGAAACUCAGGGAAUGAUUGUUGAUGAUGAAAUUAAUACGGCAAUUGUUAAACCUCUUCCUCAAGGUGUAAAGCUUCAUGCAUUCAUAGAUGCUUGCCAUAGCGGAACCGUACUAGAUUUGCCAUUUCUAUGCAGAAUGAGAAGGAGCGGACAAUACAUGUGGGAGGACCAUCGCCCUCGAUCUGGAGUAUGGAAGGGAACUAGUGGCGGGGAAGCUAUUUCGUUCAGUGGUUGUGAUGAUAACGAAACCUCGGCCGAUACAUCUGCUCUAUCAAAGAUAACAUCAACAGGCGCCAUGACUUUCUGCUUCAUCCAAGCGAUUGAGCGGGGCCAUGGAACUACAUAUGGAAGCAUACUGAACUCGAUGCGAAACGCUAUAAAAAGUGCUGGUGGUAGUGGUGACAUUGGUGGUGGUGCUGUGACAUCUUUGGUUACCAUGCUUUUGACUGGAGGGAGUGCCAUCGGUGGGCUCAGACAGGAGCCACAAUUAACCGCGUGUCAGCCGUUCGAUGUCUACACGAAACCUUUCUCUCUGUGAUCUAGAAGAGGGGAUGGACCAAGGUUACAUUUGAAGGAGGGGUAUGUUAUGUUGGCCUAUUUCUCUACUUGCUUGAUAUUUGCUUGUUGAAAUUAUAUGUUCAUGAUAUAUACUGUAGUGGGAAAUUUAAGGCAAUUUAAAUGCAAAUUGUAGUGUACAUGGAUUGAUGAUAUAGUACUGCAAUUCUGGUGUUGGAAGAUUCUAUU